AUGGAAUUUAGAGUUUUGUAGAGAAUGACCCAACAUAAAGGCCAUGUCAAAAAUUUGUACAACAGUCCAUAAAUGGAAUUUAGAAAGCAAAAUAGAUACAAUGAAGUGCUCCCUUGUAAUUAAAUUAUCAAUUUAAUGUGUUAAUUAGUUGUGCAUAGCAGAGUAGUUUUGAAAAAUUUGCCUACAACUGCUCCAAGUGAUGUGGGUCCUGGUUAUAAUGAGGAACUAAACUAUUAUAUGAAUGCUAAUUAUAUCAAUACUUUUGUGAGAGGUUAUGGAGAUAGAGCUUUUAUAGCAACAUAAGCCCCAAUCGAGUACACUUUAGAACGUUUCUGGCAGAUGAUUUGGGAGUAGAAAUCUAGACUAAUUAUAAUGUUAUGUCCGGAAGAAUCCUCUUUUUACUGGGUGACCUAGAGUGCGAAUCAAAGAGAAUUCGGUAAUGCUUUCCAACUUACAUUUCUUUAAGAGAAAUAAGUCUCACCAGGAAUUACAUAACGAAAAUUCCUCCUGAAAAAUUUAAAUUCAGAUGAACAAUAGCUAGAAGUUACUCAACUGUAGAAUACAAGAUGGGAGGAUGAUAAUGCGAAGGCAGACGAUGAUCAUUUUGAUGACAUUGAUAACUUAGUAAAAAAAAUUAAGAAAUUUCGACAAUGUGAAAAUCCUUCUCCGAUUGUAGUACACUGCAGUGCUGGAAUAGGUAGAACAGGAACAAUAAUUGCAAUUUAUGCAAUUUUAGAAUCGAUUGAGAGGCUACAAGCGAUGCAGGAAGAAAUGAGUUUAGUUGAUAUAGAUGAUAGCAUUCUCGAGGCAUAUCCACUCUACAGAAAAGUUAGAGUAUCCGUAUUUGGAGCAGUCAGGAAAAUGAGAGAAUAAAGAUGGAACAUGGUUAAGAAAUAGGUUCAAUAUAACUUCAUAUAUGAGUAUCUUGAAAGAUGGAUUAGAAAAAAUCUGAUAGACUUAAUUCUUUUUAAUAAAGAUGAUUUCGGAGAUAAUAGUUCAAAGUCUAAUUAGGAUUCAAGCAAAACGUUUGAUUAAUAAUGA